AUGGCUGAUGAACCUCGGCGAUCAGGUCGCGCGACCAAAGGACAGCACACAAAGGAGCGCGACGUCCCCGAAGAUGGAAUUACCAAGAAAAAGGGGAAAGGCAAGGCUGCCAAAAACAAGGCCGUGGAAGAAGAGGAAGAAGAGCCCGAAGAGAUCAUUCGAUGUGUAUGCGGCCAGUACGAGGAAGAGGAAGAUAAUCCUCGGACCAUGAUCUGCUGCGACAAGUGCUCAGCAUGGCAACACAACAGCUGCAUGGGCCUGCCUGAAGACUACGAGCCUGAGAAGUACUUCUGCGAGCAAUGCAAGCCGCAAGACCACAAGGCACUGCUUGCCGCCGUCGCGCGUGGAGAGAAGCCGUGGGAGGAAGCAAUUAGACAGAGGGAGGCUGAAUUGGCCGAGAAGGCGAAGAAGAAAGGGAAGAAGGGGAGGAAAUCUGCUGCUGGGCGAACGAGCGAAGUUGCGUCGCGCGCCUCUCAGGAUGUCGAUGAAGCUUCUGGCCCUGGCUCUAUAUCUACCCCCACUGCCGCUGGACAGAAGCGCAAGCUGGAGGAGUCACCCUCCGUAUCCGAAGUUAAGGUCCGCCUGCUCCUUCCGCAGAACGAGAAGCAUACGCUGACAUUAUUCCAGAGCAAGAAGGUUCGAGGGGUCGCCGCUGCUGACGCCAAUGGUGGUGAAGCAAUCAAGACCGAGACUCCUUCGCGGCAGGCUUCACGAUCAGAGUCCGUCUCGGGAGUUGCAAUGGACGCAAAGGAGUUGACUAAUGCUUCGAGGAAGUCAGCUGCGGCGAAUCUGAUCAAGCUCAUAGAACAGCAAAUCAAAGCCGUAAAGCCAGAGGAGUACACUAAGCCCGCUGGCAAGACUGACACCGAGAUCGCCGCCCAGCUUGGCCUGCGUAUCGAACAUGGCAUGUUCAACGCCCUGUGCGGAGGUAACGGCGAACCCAACGACGCAUACAAGAACCAGCUUCGGUCGAUCACCUACAAUGUGAAGAAAAACCGCACCUUGGGUGUACGUCUACUCAACGGAGACCUCUCACCAAACACUCUCGCAUCCAUGGACCCCAAAGACAUGGCGACCGAUGAACAGAAGAGCAAAGAAAAGGCUAUGAUCAAAGAGAUGGAGAGACAACAUACCAUCGUGGAAGAGCAGGGACCAAGAAUCAGACGGACACACAAAGGCGACGAGUAUGUCGAUGAAGCCAGGCAGGUCGCCGCCGAGUCCGCCACUUCCAAUGCGCCUGCCCGAAAGCCCAGUGCCGCCGCUGAGCAAGACGGAGAGGGCAAGAGUCCCGGAGGCAAAGGUCCCUCUGAGACGCAACCAGCCGCAGCCAGGGGAACGAGACCUCGAACAUCGGUCGACACGGCAAGACGUACCUCGUCCGCCAAUUUCGACAUAGACAAAGUCUGGUCGAAUGUUCAAGGCUCACCCGACGGCGAGACGCAGCGAUUUGGCGAACUUCCCCAGGCACAUUCGCCGCCAGCAGCAGUUCGAGAACCCAUGGCUCCAGGAACAACGGCCGACGCGGAAAUUGACGAGCUUCUCAAGGACGAAGACGCCGAGUCACCACCAUAUUCACCGAAGGACGCUGCAGAUGCUGAAGGCAUCGUCUGGCGCGGUGUCGUCAAUGGAGGCAGUCUCGGUCGAUUCCACGCCGUAGCAAGACACGCUGCCGGAGCUACACCCGACUCUGACACUCUGCGCAUGACCUACAGUGACCUCCUGCCGGCAGAGAUCGACAUUGGGGGCCGCAUUCAGCCUGCCCGAGCGGACGAAUACUUGUGUGGCCUGGAGUACAGUAACUCCUCAGACUUGGUCAUCGUCUGUCUGCCCGAGCCCACCAACUCGCACGAUCAAGAACAGUUCAAUAAAUUUUUCCGAUACUUCAAGCACAAGGAUCGCUUCGGUGUGGGGCUGCAGUACACGAACCCGGCCAUUAAGGAUAUCUAUCUGAUCCCUCUCGAAGUCGGGGAGGAAUUGCCUACGUUUGUGAAGAAGUUGGAAACCGACUUCCCAGACCCGACCCAGGAGAAGAUGCUGUUGGUACCCAUCGUUAUUAAGAAUAGCGAACUUCCUCACAACAUUGAUGCGGCAAUGGCUGAUGCAUCCGCGACCAAUGCUCGGAGCCCAACAAUGCCGGGAGGAUCGAUUGCGCAGACGCCCAUCACGCCUCGCGAUGGUGCCUUUCCAUACAGUCAGUCGCCCAUGCCAAACGCGUACGACAUGAAUGGAACACCUCAGAUCCACCAUGCACAGCAGGGCUUUGUACCCGCACCGGCACCAUCAUCCUCCUCCCCACCAAAUCAAUCAACAAUAUUCGCGCAGACUAUCCUUGGUCCCGAGCUAGCAUCCUGUCCUAGUGUGGUUCAGCUCUGUUCCCAAGCCCCCAACGCAGGCGAGAACGAAUUCCGCAUUGUCAAGGAGUGUCUGCAGCAGAACGCCGAGGCGAGGAAUGAUUUGUCAGUGCUCACGGUGAUGCUCCAGCGAGUAAUGCAGCAGUCGAAGGCAGGGGGUGCGACUGAGUCACCAAGAGCUUAG